AUUUUUCCUAAUUUUUUAAAAACAAAAAUCCCCCUCUUCUUCUCUCCUCUUCACAUGGCUUCUCAGUGUAUGAAUGCAUCAUAAUAAAUCUCAGUUCGCUCUCUCUUCUUCUCUCUCUCCUUUGAUGAGAGAGAGAGAGAGAUGAGUCCUCUCUUCCAUGAACAAUGAGUUGCCCUAAGAGAGUUGAUGACCUUCAUCACCUCCAUCCAUGGUGGAGGAGGAGGAAGACAAUUCACUCCCUUCUCCUCCUCCUCGCCCUCCUUUGUAGUGUCAUCACCACCCCUUCACUAGGCCUGGACACUGAUGGAGUCUUGCUCCUCUCCUUCAAGUAUUCCAUCCUCGAUGACCCGCUCGGCGUGCUCGCGAACUGGAACUACAGUGACGAGACCCCGUGCUUAUGGAACGGCGUCUCCUGUGGGGUCCCGGGGAACUCCACAACUUACUACCGCGUCGUGGGGCUCUCCCUCCCGAAUUCUCGGCUCUCCGGCUCGAUUCCCUCCAACAUAGGCAUGAUCCAGUUCCUCCGGACUCUCGACCUGUCCAGCAAUUCCCUCAAUGGGUCCCUCCCCUCGACGCUUUUUAGCACAGCCACCGACCUCAGGUUCCUUGACCUGUCGAACAACCGGAUCUCCGGGCACAUACCGGAGAUGAUAGGUCAAUUGACGAAUCUCCAACUGCUCAACCUAUCCGACAACGGGCUAUCGGGGAACUUACCGGACAAUCUGACCAGCCUACAGAACUUAACCGUUGUUUCACUCCGGAACAACUAUUUCAAUGGCAGCGUUCCAAGUCAGUUUAGCUAUGUUCGGGACCUUGAUUUAUCCUCGAACUUGAUUAGCGGGUCACUCCCGCCAGACUUUGGCGGGGACAACCUUAACUUCCUGAACAUGUCCUACAACAAUCUCUCUGGGGAAAUCCCGCCCAAGUUCGCCUCUAGGAUUCCCGGGAAUGCGACCCUCGACCUCUCCUUCAAUAACCUUACUGGAGAGAUCCCGGAAUCAGUUUCGUUCCUAAAUCAGGAGUCGCAUUCAUUCUCAGGUAAUCCCGGGCUCUGCGGCGUUCCAACCAGAAAUCCGUGCCCAAUUCCAUCUUUUCCAUCGUCCCUCCCAAAUGUUUCAGCUCCAACUUCUCCACCUGCAAUUGCUGCGCUUCCUAAGACGAUAGACUCGAGCCCGGUGGAUGGCCAGCCCAAUUCAGGAAAGAGCAGAAGCCGCUCCAGGCUUCAGCCUGGCACAAUCAUCGCCAUUGUGGUCGGCGAUGUGGCGGGGAUUGGGAUCUUGGCCAUGGUUUUCAUGUAUGUUUACCGGAUAAGGAAGAGGAAGAACAACCUCGAAGCGGCAAAAAGAAUGGAAUCUAAAUCAGCUGCAGCAGCGACUAAGGAUUCGUGGUCGUCCACCUCAUCAGAGUCGCGUGGCUUUAGGCGCUGGUCUUGUCUGCGGAAAGGAGGUAACGAGGGGGCCAGCUCUGAUACAACUGCAUCUGACAGCGACGAGGAACACGGGAGUAGUACUACUGAUAAUCACAGGGCGGGACCGAAUCAACCGUACAAACAGGGGACGCUGGUGACGGUGGAUGGUGGGGACAGGGAGCUGGAGCUGGAGACACUGCUCAAGGCCUCGGCGUAUAUCCUAGGGGCAACCGGUUCGAGCAUAAUGUACAAGGCGGUUCUGGAGGACGGGACCUCCCUGGCGGUCCGGAGGAUUGGGGAGAGCAGCCUGGACAGGUUCAAGGACUUUGAGGGGCAGGUACGGGCCAUCGCAAAGCUGGUCCACCCGAACCUAGUCAGGGUAAGGGGGUUCUACUGGGGGGUCGAUGAGAAGCUCAUCAUCUACGACUUCGUGCCCAAUGGCAGCCUCGCUAAUGCCCGAUACAGGAAAGUGGGCUCAUCACCUAGCCAUUAUCUUCCAUGGGAGGCCCGGCUCAAGAUAGCCAAGGGGGUGGCCCGAGGGCUGACCUACCUCCACGAGAAGAAGCAUGUCCAUGGGAACCUAAAGCCCAGCAACAUCCUAUUAGGUCCCAACAUGGAGCCCAAGAUCGGUGACUUCGGUCUCGAGCAACUCUUGGUCGGCAACACAAGCUACAAGGCUGGAGGGUCGGCCCGGAACUUUGGGAGCAAGAGGUCCACUGCAUCCCGGGACAGCUUCCAAGACCCUGGCCUGGGUCCUAGCCCCAGCCCCAGCCCGAGCUCGAUCAGUGGCAUCUCCCCGUACCAUGCGCCCGAGUCGCUGAGGACCCUGAAGCCCAGCCCAAAGUGGGAUGUGUACUCAUUCGGGGUCAUCCUGCUAGAGCUCUUAUCAGGAAAGGUAAUAGUCGUGGAUGAGCUGGGCCAGGGGAACGGGGUCAUGGUCGAUGACCAUAGCCGGGCCAUGAGGAUGGCCGACGCCACGAUUAGGGCUGAUCUCGAGGGCAAGGAGAAUGCCCUAUUAGCAUGCUUCAAGUUGGGAUUCAGUUGUGCAUCCCCAAUCCCACAAAAGAGACCCCCAAUCAAAGAAGCACUCCAAAUGCUUGAGAAGGUCCCAUCUAACUCAUCUUCUUCUUCUUCUUCCACAUUAUACUACUAUGGAAAUUUGUGAUGGGGUUGUAGGUAGGGACCAUUUGUGUAUGUAAGGGUGGUUGACUGACAUAAUUUUUGCCCAACUUGUUUUUUUUUUUUUGGGUCUUUUUUCUGUUGGGAUAUUGAAGAAAUUGAGAGUAGAAAUAGUAUGUUUGUUUCAAUGAGGGGCCCACAAGCGAUCUGGUUCUUUCCCGCCCCCCUCUUCAAUCAUUGGAUUUGGAAGGACUGCCUUAUCGAUGAAUUUUAUCAUCAGCAGUGUCAAUUUUGGAGUAGUCACUUUCAUUUUCUUGUUUUAGCUGAUUAAAAAAUGUUAUUUGAUGGACUGAA